ACUUUAAUCAUAGUAAAACCAUAUAGAUGAUCUAAAUUCAGAUCUGACUUCUAUAUUAUAUUUCGCGAAGAAAACCGAGAUAUAUCAAAACAUCAUGACAGGAUAUGAAGAGACAAAAAAAUUGUAUAAAUUUUUCAAAUAUGUCAAUCCAGAGCCAGGAGAAGAAGUUGUUAUUUCCGGAUUUGCGGGUAGAUUUCCAGAAUCCAAUAAUGUGGAGGAAUUGAAAAAUAAUCUUUUUACCAGCAGAGAUUGUAUUACCGAUGACGAACGUCGAUGGAAAUUAGAUCAUUCAGAAAUUUCAAAGCAAACCGGCAAAAUUAACAAUAUUGAGAAAUUCGAUGCGUUAUUUUUUGGAAUACAUUUUAAGCAAGCUCAUACGAUGGAUCCUAUGAGCAGAAUGAUGCUGGAACAUACUUAUGAAGCUAUAAUAGAUGCUGGGAUUAAUCCGGAAGAUAUUCGGGGAUCAAGGACAGGUGUAUUCGUAAGUGCAUGUUUCUCCGAUUCCGAGGCAACUUUGCUUCAUGGCAAACUUCAGGCAGCUGGUCUCGGUAUCACGAGCUGUAGUAGAGAUAUGACGGCUCAAAAUAUUUCGUUUUGGUUGGGUGUAACUGGACCAUCAUAUAACAUCGAUACAGCGUGUAGUUCUAGUCUUUACGCAAUGGAAAACGCUUAUAGGGCUAUACGUAGUGGACAAUGCGAUUAUGCAAUUGUCAGUGGAUCGAAUCUUUGUCUCCAUCCAUACGUGUCUCUACAAUUUACUCGAUUAGGGGUAUUGAAUCAAGAUGGCCGCUGUAAGGUUUUUGACGAAGAUGCAAAUGGUUACACGCGUAGUGAAUGUGUCUCUGUAGCAUUUUUACAAAAAGCAAAAACUGCUAAGAGAAUCUAUGCUACGAUUAUUCAUGCGAAAACGAAUUGUGAUGGUUAUAAAAAAGAAGGAAUAACGUUUCCAUCUAAAAAAAUGCAAAGUGCGCUUCUCAAAAAAUUCUACACAGAAUGCGGUAUAUCAACAGCUUGUAUUCCUUACAUUGAAGCACAUGGUACUGGAACGAGAGUAGGAGAUCCUGAAGAAUUGAAUUCCAUUGAUCGCAUUUUCAAAAAAAAUAGAUCUAAACCUCUUAAAGUUGGUUCCGUCAAAUCGAACAUAGGUCAUACCGAAGGAGCCAGUGGAAUUUCUUCUACUGCUAAGGCAAUUAUAUCGAUGGAGUCUGGCAUAAUUCCACCAAAUAUUAACUUCAAUAGACCACGCAAAAACGUGAAAGGUCUAAUAAGAGGAGAGAUCAAUAUACUUACCAAGCUAACUCCAUUAGAUGGUGAAUACAUAGGCAUAAAUUCCUUCGGCUUCGGUGGUGCGAAUGCACACGUUUUACUCAAAUCAAAUCCAAAAAUAAAGAUCGACAAAGAAUUACCAGAUGAUGCUUUACCUAGACUCGUAGCUGUAUCAGGACGUACCGCAGAAGCAGUAGAAACUAUACUAAAUGAGAUCGAUAAACGACCGAUAGACAUUGAAUUUAUUCAUCUUCUUCACGAUAUUCAUCGUAAAGCAAUACCAGGUCACUUAUAUCGAGGAUACAUGAUAACCGACAUUAAACAAUUUGACACGAAAGUAAGGGGGAUUGAAUAUAUUUCUGGUACGAAGAGACCAAUAUGUUUUGUCUUCCCUGGAAUGGACUCGCAAUGGUCCGGAAUAUAUAAAGAUUUGAUGAAAUUUCCAACGUUUGCUAAAGUAAUACAAAAAUGUGACGCUGUGUUAAAACCACGUAAACUCCAUAUUUAUGAGAUUUUAACUAGUGCAGACAAUUGCAUAUUAGACAAUAUCUUGCACUCCUUCGUCGGUAUUGCUGCAAUUCAGGUCGGUUUGGUGGAGCUUUUAACUUCAGUAGGAAUACUACCGGACUACAUAAUUGGAUAUUCCGUGGGUGAACUUGGUUGUGCAUACGCAGACGGAAGUUUGACAUUGGAGGAAACGAUAUUGGCAGCGUAUUUACAAGGAAUAUCCAUAAUAGAAGCAAAAAUACCUCAUUGUUCUGUGGCCGUAGUAGGGCUUGGUUAUAAAGAUUUAAUGAAUUUAUGUCCUAAUGAUAUCGACGUCGUGUGUCACAACGGAUCCGAAAGUUCAACAAUUACCGGAUCAGUUGAUUCAUUGAAAGCAUUUGUUGAAAAGCUACAGGCAAACGAAGUUUUUGCAAAAGUAUUGUCGGAGAAAAAAAUACCGUAUCACAGCCGCUAUAUCGCUCCAGCUAAUAGAAUUCUUUUGGCAAAUUUAAGAAAAGGUAUACCAGUAGCAAAACCUCGAAGUUAUAAGUGGUUGAGUACAUCGGUGCCGCGGAACGAAUGGUCGACUUCAAGUGCACAAUUUUCGUCUGCCGAGUAUCUUACUAAUAAUUUGUUGAAACCUGUACUUUUUGCGGAAACGUCGAACUUAAUUCCUAACAAUGCCAUUACCAUUGAAAUUACGCCGCAUGGUCAAGUAAAAGAAAUUUCAAGGAAGUCAUUACAAAAAACGGUUAUUGCAUUAACUCAGAAACAUCACAAAGAUAUCGUAAAAGUUUUCCUGGAAGGAUUAGGGAAACUGUACAAUGUCGGCUUACAGCUUGAUCUUGCUAAACUAUACCCACCUGUAGAAUAUCCUGUAAGUCGUGGCACUCGAAUGAUAUCCCCUUUUAUUCGGUGGGAACAUUCCAAUGACUGGUUCGUAGCACAUUUUAAAAAGCAGGAGAAACUUGUUUCCGGAGAACGGAUAGUGGCAAUAGCGAUUGCCGAUGAAGAUUUCGAAUACAUAAAUGGUCACGUGAUUGAUGGUAGAAAUUUGUUUCCUGGAACAGGAUAUAUAUGCUUGGUGUGGGAAACGUUGGGAAUGACAAUAGGAAAUUUGUAUACAGAAAUGCCCGUUGUCAUGGAAAAUAUAAAGUUUAAUCGUGCAACCGCAAUACCCAAAGAAGGCAAAGUUGAAAUGGUUGUCAUGAUUCAGAAAGGUAGUGGUAAAUUCGAAGUUGUCGAAGGAAAUGCUGUUAUUGUUACUGGAAGAAUUCGUCUUAUCGAAACUAAUUUAUCGAAGGAGAAAAUACCAGCUGAUGUAAUCAAGAGAAAUGUUAAUAAUGAAGAAGAAGAAUUAAAUGAAAAAGAUAUCUAUAAAGAGUUGAAGUUGCGUGGUUGUCAAUACAGCGGUCUCUUCCGAAGUAUACGCAGUGCAUCUAUUUCGGGAAGAAAAGGACAUAUAGAAUGGAAAAAGAAUUGGGUAGCGUUUAUGGAUAACAUGUUACAGAUGAAAAUAGUUAAUGUAGAUACUAGAGAUUUAUUGGUGCCGAUUGGAAUACACAAAUUAGUAAUAGAUACCAAAGCUCAUCAACAGUAUCUUCAAAGUUUGAAUACUAAUGAAAAAUAUAUACCUGUACAAUUUUACGAAAACAUUGAUAUGAUUGCAGCGGGAGGUGUGGAAAUACAUAAAGUUAAUACUAUUGCGAUUGCACGAAAGAGACCUAUCAGUGAUCCCAUUAUCGAAGAGUAUAAAUUCACUGCUUAUCGUGACAGAUUGGAAACAUCAUUACGAGAAAUAUUAACAUUAUCCGUGCAUAUUACUCUUGAGAAUAUACCAAUCAUCAAGGUGAAGACAAUUGAACUCGUUGAGGAUAAGGAUAAUAUCUUAAUGGAGAAACUCGCUUCCCCAUUGGUUUUGGACAUUCUGAGCAAAUUGCCUUUAGUGCAAGCCAAUGUUAAUGUAUUCACAUCGCGAGGAAACCUGAAUAAUAUUCCUGAAGGUGUUACGGUUUCAGAAUUAAAUAUGAUAGAAUCGGGUGAUAUCGCAUCAUUUGCUAUUGGAUAUAGUUUGUUAAAUGGAGAUAACAAUAAUUUAAAAAAACUUUUUAAGUAUACAAAAGACGGAGGUUUCAUUUUAUCACGUGAAAAACCGAAUGCAACAUUGAACUUAUCAAUUUUACAGGAAUUUCAAUUGCGUAUAGUUUUAGAAAAACGUAAUUCCGAAGAAUAUUUUAUACUAUUAAGAAAGACGAAUAAAAUACCGGAAAAUACUAUGAUUAUUGACGUUAAUAGCAAUGAAUUUAAUUGGUUGCAAAAAGUGCAAGCUGUACUUGCUAGGAAUGAAGCACAAAGCAUCAAUAACACGAGAAUCAUACUUGUUGAAGAAGGAAACUUUGAGUCGGGUCUCUUAGGAUUCAUUAAUUGUUUAAAGAAAGAACCUGGUGGGGAUAUCUUCCGAGCUGUUUUAAUUCAAGAUCUUAAAGCCCCAAAAUUUUCCUUAAACCUACCUCUUUACUCUGAACAACUCGAAUUGGAUCUUGUUACUAAUGUUUUACGUCUAGGGAACGUUUGGGGUUCAUAUAGGCAUCAGCUUCUUCAACCUUGCGAGCCCAGACUCACCUACCACGCUAUUAUUAACCAAUUGAUACGUGGAGAUUUAAGUACGAUUCGUUGGAUUGAAGGGCCUAUUACAAAGGAUUAUCAAAAUGAAAAUCUUAUUAGUAUUCAUUAUGCAUCACUGAAUUUCAAAGACGUGAUGUUGUCGACGGGUAAAAUAGCAUCAGAAGUAUGCAGUAGAAAAGAUAGAGAUUGCUUAAUUGGAUUUGAAUACAGUGGAAUAAAUAUUACUGGACGUAGAAUUAUGGGAGUUAAUCGCAACAGAUGUUUAUCUAAUUUUUGUCAAUUGGACACAACUUUCUCUUGGACUGUACCAGAAAGUUGGACUUUAGAAGAUGCAGCGACAGCACCGUGUGUGUAUUGUACAUGCAUAGCAGCACUUUAUAUCAACGGAGCCAUGCAGAAGGGUGACAGAAUUCUUAUCCAUGCUGGUUCUGGUGGAAUUGGUCAAGCCGCCAUUAACUUAGCCCUCCGUGAAGGCUGUGAAGUAUUUACUACGGUCGGUACACCAGAAAAACGUGAAUUCAUUAAAGAAACAUUCCCUAGUAUCCAUGAUAAUCAUAUUGGAAAUUCGCGAGAUACUAGCUUCGAGAAAAUGAUUUUGGAAGGAACCAAUGGUGCAGGUGUAGACAUUGUUCUCAAUUCUUUAUCGGAAGAUAAACUCCAAGCGUCCCUGCGUUGCUUGGCUCAUAGAGGAAGAUUUUUAGAAAUUGGAAAGUUCGACUUUGCGAUAAAUAAUGAAUUAAGCACUAAAAUCUUUUUGAAGGGUAUAAGUUUUCAUGGUGUAAUGUUAGAUCAAAUUAUGAACACAAAUGACAAAGUCAAAAACGAAAUUAGUUCAAUAUUCAACAAACUUAUUAAAGAGAAUGGGAUCAAACCGAUAAUUAGGACAGUCUUUGGCAAAGAUCAAGUGGAGAAAGCACUUAGAUUCAUGGCAGCCGGAAAGCAUAUGGGAAAAGUACUCAUCAAGAUCCGUGAAGAAAAUGAACCACUAAAUACACCCAUUUUGGCUGAACCUUUGUAUACUUGUAUUCCGAACAAAAGUUAUAUAGUUCUUGGUGGUUUGGGAGGAUUUGGCUUGGAACUAAUCGAUUGGUUGAUUCUAAGAAAUGCUCAGAAUAUUGUCAUUACCUCACGAAAUGGCAUAAAGUAUGGUUAUCAACACAUGAGAAUCAAUUUGUGGAAAUCAUACGGUGUGAAUAUCAAGAUUCUGGUAGGUCUAGAUGCGGCUGAUCGUGAUGCCAGCGAACUAAUUGUGAAAACAGCUAUUGAUCAGGGUCCAGUCGAUGGUAUAUUCAAUCUUGCGGUAUCUUUGAAAGACGGUAUUUGUAGAAAUCAAACACCGGAGACUUUUGAGGAAUCUUUCAAAGGAAAAGCAUGGGCAACAAAAUAUUUGGAUGAGGUAACCAGAAAACUUUGUCCAAAUCUUCGUCACUUUGUCGUUUUCUCUUCAGUCUCGUGCGGAAAAGGGAAUAUUGGACAAACGAAUUACGGUAUGGCUAAUUCCAUUAUGGAAAGAAUAUGUGAAAAGAGAGUAGAAGAAGGUUUUCCUGGAUUAGCUAUACAAUGGGGAGCGAUUGGAGAUGUUGGUUUGAUUGCUGAUAUGCAAAAUGAAGAUAAAGAACUUGUUAUUGGUGGUACACUACUGCAAAGAAUAUCAUCAUGUUUACAAGUACUGAAUAUAUUUUUGGUACAAGAUAAAACUGUGGUUGCUAGUAUGGUAGUCGCUGAAAAACAAGCAAAUAGCGAUGUGAAUAAUGUUGUAGAUGCUGUAUUAAACAUUUUGUGUAUUAAAGACUUAAAGAACAUUAGUCCACAUACUUCCUUGGCUGAACUUGGAAUGGAUUCUAUGACAGUUGUAGAAAUAAAACAGACAUUGGAGCGUGAAUAUGAAAUAUACCUUACUGCUUCAGAUAUUCGGAACUUAAACUUCGCCAAACUCAUGGAAAUGAAUAACAAACCUACAGAUAACAGCAAUUCUAAUGAAAAUGAAACCAAUCAAAUAUUAUCCAUUACAAAUAUUUUGAAGCAAUUUUAUGAUGAAAUUCUUGCUACCGAAAUAGCUAUACCACUUAAAACCAAUCCGGUGGAGGGUCGGGAUGAGAUAUUCUUUCUUCCAGGAAUCGAAGGCUAUGCUGACGUUUUCAAAACAUUAGAAUCAAAAAUUAAAUCACCUGCGACUUGUUUUCAAUUGGAGACGAAUUACAAGUUAAAAACUGUUGAAGCUAUGGCCAAUUCCUUUCUACCGCAUAUAUUGGAUAAACUUAAGGGUCGAAGUGAAUUCAUGUUAGUAGGGCAUUCAUUUGGAUCGCUUGUAGCUAUUGAACUCGCACGAAUGUUAGAAGUCAAAGGGUUUAUUGGCCGGUUAAUAUUGAUAGACGGUGCUCCUCAGUAUCUGAAAAAAUUAAUACAGGAAAACUUGCGUUCAUCAUCGCAAGAAGAAUUAGAGAACAAUAUUUUGUACGAUAUAAUCAAUGCAUAUGAGAGUGGCAAAGAUGUAGAGCUUGAACUUGAAUUAAAAAAAUGCAAUUCGUGGGAUGAAAAAUUAAAUGCAUGGCUUAAUGUUCUAUCUCCCGAACGCAAAGAAUUAUUUUCAAAAGUAGAUCGAAGAAAUGUUAUUCACUCAGUUUAUGUGAGAUUGCGAGCAAUUGCAACUUAUAAUCCAGAUCCAAUGCCAUAUCUAAGAGCACCAAUCACAUUGUUCAAACCGCUAUUUCCUCCUAUAUUAAAUGCUUCGUAUGAUUAUGAACUGCAAGAUAUAACUGAAGGCAAAGUAGAUGUUCACGUUGUUGAAGGUAAUCAUACUACGAUGUUAUGUGCCACGGAAAUUGCAAUGGCUAUUAAUGGUGAAUUAUUUGAGUGUGCUGCAACAAUUAAGAAAACGUAAUUUAAGAAAACUAAUAGUGCAUUGAUGAUAUAUUUGUGUGUUGUGAUUAUUCAAAGUAAAUAUGGGAUAUCAGCUUUAUGUGACAAAUUUAUUUGUAUUUUGGAAUAGAGGAAAUAAGAGGGAAGUCUGCUUUCGAAAUCUGAUAAAUAUUUGAAGUUUGUAGUAGAUAAUUGGAUAGUAUCCGUUCUUAUAUAAAUCACAUUAACGGAAAAAUUACGUGGCUCUUUCUAUUCGUUAUAAUGUAUCGUUCUAUUUACUACAGGCUUCAGAAAUAUUAUGUUUGGCUUGUAAAAGAUCAUAUAAAAUAUAAAUCUAAUUUAUGAGAGAA